AUGGCUAGCUACUCACAAGGUUUGCUCUUCGCCAUCCUCGCAUGCGCCUGCGUGCUUAGCGCUCUUGCAGCCCGGGACCUCGCCGAGGAUCGGUCUAUUGUCACAAGGCAUGAGCAGUGGAUGGCCAAGUAUGGCCGUGUGUACAAUGACGUUGCUGAGAAAGCACACCGGCUAGAGGUGUUCAAGGCCAAUGUCGCGUUCAUUGAGUCGGUGAAUGCAGGGACCGACAAGUUCUGGCUCGAGGCUAAUCAGUUUGCGGAUAUCGCCGACGAUGAAUUCAGGGCUACGCACACAGGGUAUAAGGCGCCGGUGGGUGGUAACAAGGGCAGGAAGACGGGGUUCAGGUAUGCGAACGUUAGCCUCGAUGCGCUCCCAACAUCUGUGGACUGGAGAACCAAAGGCGCGGUUACUCCCAUCAAAGACCAAGGCCAAUGUGGGUGUUGCUGGGCCUUCUCCACAGUGGCCUCUAUGGAAGGCAUCGUGAAGCUGAGCACCGGGAAACUGAUCUCACUGUCGGAGCAGGAGCUGGUGGACUGCGAUGUGGACGGCAUGGACCAGGGCUGCGAGGGAGGGCUCAUGGACAACGCCUUCGAGUUCAUCAUCGACAACGGUGGCCUAACCACCGAGGGCAAUUACCCCUACACCGGCAAUGACGGCAGCUGUAACUCCAACAAGGAGUCCAACGCCGCCGCAUCCAUCAAGGGGUACGAGGAUGUGCCGGUCAAUGACGAGGCGUCGUUACAGAAGGCGGUGGCCGCACAGCCCGUGUCCGUGGCCGUUGAUGGAGGGGACAACCUCUUUCGGUUCUACAAGGGCGGCGUUCUCUCUGGCAAUUGUGGCACGGAGCUCGACCACGGCAUCGCGGCGGUCGGGUACGGCAUUGCCGGCGACGGGAUCAAGUACUGGGUGAUGAAGAACUCGUGGGGCGCAUCAUGGGGCGAGAACGGUUUCAUCAGGAUGGAGAGGGACGUCGCCGACGAGCAAGGCCUCUGCGGACUCGCCAUGCAGCCUUCCUACCCGACGGCAUAA